AUGCCCAGAGGCGACCUCACGCAGGCGCAGGCGCUGUACAAGUCCGGCAUGGACAUGUACGGCAAGCAGCGCUACGAGGAAGCCAUGAGCGCGUUCGACCGCGCAAUCUCGCUCGGCGACCGCGGGUGGAAGGUGAUGGACGCCAAGGCGGCGACCAUGAACCGCAUGGGCGGCGCAUGGCGGCAGUCAGCGUUCGAGAUUGCCAGCGCGCUGUGCAAAAAGUACGGCGACAAGAACCAUAAGCCAUGGUUCCGUGUGGCGUCGAUCCUCGUGUCGAUGAACAUGCUUGACGCGGCAGAGCGCAGCAUCACCAAGGGACUCAGCCUCGCCAAGGACGCGCCGUCACGCAAGGUAUUUACCGAGCUGCGCGCGACGGCCGAGCGCGCACGCAUCAGGCUCGCAGAGACAAAAGCGACGACGGCGGCCGAGGCGGAGGCAGCGCGCAUAGCCGCAGUCAAGGCAGCCAUGUGCUUCACGCACCUCCUCCCGCCUGAUAUCCUGCUCCUCAUCGCUAAAGCAGGCGCAGAGACUGACGCGUCGAUGCCGCUGCGCAUGGCGUGCGUGUGUGCCGACUGGCGCAGCGUCAUGCUCUCCCACUCCCCGUUAUGGAGCCACGUCAAGCUCGGCCGGCGGCGCCCAGUCGCCAAGCUCGUGCUGUGGAAGGAGCGGAGUAACGGCCGCCUCAAGCGCGUGACCAUCACUCACCACGUCCCGAAGGAUCGGCACGGCGAAGUGGCCGACAUUCUCGCGCCACUAAUAGGUGGCGUCGAGGAGCUCGCUAUCGCCGGCGCCAUCGAACAGUUCGUGUCCAAGUGGUGGGGGCGGUGCCGGCGGCUCAAGACGCUCGUGGUUAGGAACGACACGACGCUGUCCCUUCCGUUCCUCUGUGCGCUCCUCCACCCCGACGCGAGCGAGCUGCAGUCCGUCGACUGGAGCUCGGUCGUCAUCCCUGCGUCGGGCUCACCAGCGGCCCUGAAACGCGGCUACCUCACUGCGGACGACCUGUGGCUCCCCAACCCCACUGUGCAGCUCAAGUCGCUGAGAAAGCUGCGAAUCGGCGCAGGCCAGGUUGCGGAAGCGCGCAUGUGGCUCCCGAGCCUCCUCGAGCACGCCGCCAACAUCCGCGAGGUCGAGCUAGGUUGUACCUGGGCUGCGCGGCACACGCCGGAAGAGGACGAGGUGGUCACUCUCCCCACGCUGAGCCGGCUCGAGCUGCGCGACACGGCCGGCAUGCCCCUCCCCUCGGCGUACCUCCACACGCCGAACCUCACCUCGUUCAGCUGCUUUGGCUGGACGCCCCGCGAAGCCAGCACGAUUGACAACCUCCGCGGGUCGGGCCUCACGGCGGCGUUGCCCAUCCUCGUGUCCCUCGAUAUCGGGCGCUGCGGGUUCUCGCAGCACGAGCUGCUCGCGCUCCUCCCAGAGCUCGUGUCCCUGCGUUUCCUCAACGUGUCGUUUGGCGGCCUCGACAACAACUUUCUCGAGGAGCUCGUGGUCGAGCCCGGCCGCGUGCUUCUACCGAGCCUCACGGCGCUCUCGAUCGCGGGCCACGACAACAUGUCGGCCGGCCCGCUGCGGCGGAUGGUCUUAAGUCGUCAUCCUGACAUGCCCAACCCUGCACCACGGCGCAUUGCCCCAGCCCCGGCACCAAAGCGCUCGGCGUUCGCGCCACCCCAGCGCAAGGCGCCGCCACUGGCAGUCCCGUCCUCGCAGCCCGAGACACAGCGCCCCGAAGUCGCGGCAAUGACAUGGGUCUGCGUCGACCAGUGCAACCACCCCGACAUGGAUGUGCGAGUGCUCGAGCAGUUGCGCAAGCACCUGCGCUUCGUGUCCAACCACAACGGUGCUGUGGUGGAGGAUCGGAUCCGCGGCCGCGGCGCGUUCGCGUGGGACCGCGAUAGCGACUGGGACGAGACGUGUGGCCCCGGCUCGGGCGGCUGCCAUCUGCGCAAGCGACGAGCCGACAGCGACGGGUGGUAUGUACACCAUACAUGCAAGCGGGCCCACAUUGCGGGUUCGGAGAAGGAGAAGGAGAAGGCGUAG